UGGCUCUGAAGCCUGGGCGACGCGGAUCCCUUUGAGAAUCCGAAGAAAGCCGAAGACUCAUCUUCAUGUUAGAUUAAAAUAAGAUAACGUAGUUUAUGGCCCACUGCAAACUGUAAUGCACUGCACAACGAUGCAGUGAUUAUCAUCACCGGCGCAGAGGAGUGGGCUUAUUUUGAAGCCCAGUUCCACCACCUUCCCGCGGUGCGAUGGGGGCAAGCACAGGGAGCAUCGACCUUUCCUUCGUCCGGCCAAAGAUGCCUCUCUUUGGGAAUACGUUCAGUCCAAAGAAGACUCCGCCGCGGAAGUCCGCUUCUCUUUCCAACCUGCAUAAUUUGGACCGGUCAACCCGGGAGGUGGAGCUGGGCCUUGACUACGGAACCCCCACUAUGAACCUGGCUGGACAAAACCUGAAGUUUGAAAACGGCCAUUGGAUAGCAGAGACAGGGAUUAGUGGAGGUGUGGACCAGCGGGAGGCUCUGCGCCUCCGGAAGCGGAACCAGCAGUUGGAAGAAGAGAACAGCUUAUUGCAGAUGAAAGUGGAGAUCCUGCUUGACAUGUUCUCUGAGACCACUGCUGAAUUCCAAAUAAUGAAGAAGGAAUUGAAUGAACUGAAGACUGUCUACCGGAGAAGGAAAUGAAGACCUCCAGAAACAUUCAUUAGGAGAAUAGGGAGAAACCUACUGACCAGAGAAGGGUUUUCUUAGCCAAACUAGUGGAUUAGGUCCUAAGAGAGAGUACCAUGAAAUGCGUACUAUGUAUAGGCACUGGCACCUUUGAUUUGCAAACGUUUGUUUCAGCUUCUGGGGUGAGAAAAUUCUCAGGACUUCAAACCAGGCCUGUGCUGCCAGAGUGCAGCUAUUGGUGCUUUGCAGAAGGCAAGUGAGGUGGGCCUGUUUGAAAACACCAACUUGUGUGCUAUGCAUGCCAAGCGUGUAACAAUUAGCCAAAAGACAUCCAGCUAGCACACUGCAUACGUGGAGAACGUGCUUUAAAAAUCCACUAUGAUGGGAAACAUUUCAUUUUUUAAAAAAUUCUCUUUCUCUUAUUUGUAGUUCUUAAUAUUAUCAUCCCCCCCACCACUGCCGCCCUUGGGGUCAAAAGGUACCUAAGUAUAUGAUUGCAAGUGGAAAAUAGGGAACAGAAAUCGGGUAUUGGUGGUUUUUCCAUUUUCAUUUGUGUGUGAAUUUCCAAAAUGUAAAUGUAUGGGCAUAAAGCAUUAAUGCAAGUCAAAAUGUUCCAGUGAACAAUUUCAGCAGUUCAACUUCAUGACAAUAUAAAUAAACCUGUUUUC